AUGCCCCUCCCUUUAUGGCGGCCCCUCUUCCCUCAAACCACGCUUCAUGCCCCUCCCCUUCAACAAGGGAUGUGGGUCUGUGCCUCUGCACAGGCGAGACGGAAACAGGAAGGGAAGUUGAAGUGGAGGCGGCAAGAUGCAGGCGAUGAGCACUCGUUCUCUUCACAUAUAAGGAUGGCCCUCUUCGUGUGUACAACACCUGCCACCCAGCCGCAUGCCCAUCCUGUUCAACAAGGGAUAUGGGCUGGCAUAUCUGUAUCUACGGCAGCAAUCACCUCUUCUCCUUUGCACAACCUCGCCCUCAUCGCCCUAUUCGCUCCGUGUGCCCCUCCCCUUCAACAAGGGAUGUGGGUCGGCGAUCUGCAUUCAUGGCAGACCCACCCCCCUCUCUGCUCUCUCACCAUGUACCCCUCCCCUUCCAAAAGGGAUGUGGGACAGCUUUUGUUCAUCAACGACAAUGCCUCUCACCACCCCCUCAUCCUACAUCGGCGUUGA